AUGCCUUGUGGACAUGCAAUAGCUGUAAUUGCAAUGAGAAACUUGAGAGUCUAUGAAUACUGUGCAAAGUUCUACAAAAUAGAAACACUAAAAGCAUUGUUCGAAGCAAAUGUUCAUCCUUUGCCUCAUAAAGAUGAAUGGAAUCUCCCACAGCACCUGGACAUAGUGGUGUUACCUCCAAAAGUAGCAAUCCCUGUAGGAAGACCAAGAAAGAAAACAAUAAGAUCAAGAAGGGAACAAAAAGUAAUAAUCAACUAUGAGAAAUGUUGGCAACCAGGACAUAACAUGAAGACUUGCAGGAAUCCUCCAAUUGAGAAGCCAAACAAGCAGAAAAAGCAAAAGACCUAG